AUGGCUGGACCGAUGGACACAACUGAUCUGGAGGGCGACCAGAAUGCAGGACUGAAGGGAGCAGCCCCUGCAGAUGGACAGGUGGAUGACCUGGAGGCCUGUGAUGUGGAUUGGUCAGCUGCUCGGGAGCUCGGCGGCAUGGACGGGACCACCGCUCGGGAGAUCGGCGACGUAGACAUGGCAGAGGCGGGACCGCUCAGGGAACUUGCUUCGGAGGCGCAGGGCUGCUCGGGGUACCGUCGUCAAAGGCGGAUAAAGAUCAGGGCAAUCGCCGGCAAAGACAGGUGGUCAGCAGAGGCAGCCGACGGCUCGGGAACAGACUGGUCGUCGGCAGGGAGAGGCCGACCACUCUGGAACCGGAAAGGUCUCCAUAGCGUGGUGCUGGGUAGUGGAGACUCUGCACUGAAAAAACUUUCUGUUCCAGAUGCGUUUUUGUGGUAUUACCUGGACAUAUGUGUGUUCACCUCCUCUGAGCUUCCUGACAUAGAGUACAUAUACUCUGAUUAUUUCAAUAAGAUAGAAUAUCUCAGGUUUAACAGCACUGUGGGGAAGUAUGUUGGAUAUGAUCAUCAUGGUAUCUAUCACGCAGAACGCCUUAACAACGAUCCUGCAGAUCUGGCAGAGAUCAGAGCUUGGAAAGAGAGAUACUGCAAACAUAACAUAGAGAUAUAUUACCGAAAAACACUGGAUAAGACAGCUGAGCCCAGUGUGAGACUGACUUCAGUGACGCCCCCUAGUGGCCGACAUCCGGCCAUGCUGAUGUGCAGUGUCUACAACUUCUACCCCAAAUACAUCAGUGUCACCUGGCUGAGAGACGGACAGCCGGUGACCUCUGACGUCACUUCCACCGAUGAGCUGGCAAAUGGUGAUCGGUACUACCAGAUCCACUCCCACCUGGAGUACACGCCCAGGUCUGGAGAGAAGAUUACCUGCAUGGUGGAACACGCCAGUUUCCCCUCUCCUAAGAAAGUGGACUGGAAUCCCUCCAUGUCACAAUCAGACAGAAACAAGAUCGCCAUCGGAGCGUCAGGUCUGCUUCUGGGUUUGAUUUUGUCUUUGGCAGGUCUGAUCUACUACAAGAGGAAGGCCAGAGGGCGUGUUCUGGUUCCAACCAGCUGAAGCAGGGAGUGACGCUUCUUCCUCGUUGGCUUUUCUGGUGGCAGUUCAGUGUGUGUUGCUUUCACCUGAAGGUUUUCUCCCAGAUUGUCAGUGCUGCCCCCUGCUGGAUCUCAUUGCCUUCUGCUCGUAUUCUUACUAAUGCUCUACAGAUUCUGAUGUGACUCAAUGCUUCACCUCCUGUAACACAACUUUGUAUCAAAAUCAACCGACAACAUUCCCCUGACCUAUAUUACAGGGAAAUCAUGUUAAUGCUCCUUUUUAAAUCACCAGUCGUCUGUUGCUG